AUGCAGCGCAGACACACCACCCUACGAGAGAAAUGCAGACGCCAGGCCGUUCGCGGCCCGGCCUACAUGUUCAGCGAGAGGGCCACCAGCCUCACGGCCGAGGAGGAGCGGUUUCUGGAUGCCGCUGAAUAUGGAAACAUCCCCGUGGUCCGUAAUAUGCUUGAGGAGUCCAAGACGCUGAACGUGAACUGCGUGGAUUACAUGGGCCAAAAUGCUUUGCAGCUCACUGUAGGCAACGAGCAUCUGGAGGUCACCGAACUGCUGCUGAAGAAAGAGGGUCUGGCACGGGUGGGCGAUGCCCUGCUGUUGGCCAUCAGCAAGGGCUACGUGCGAAUAGUGGAGGCCAUCCUUGCCCACCCGGCGUUUGAGGGUGGGCUCCGCCUGACUCUGAGCCCCCUGGAGCAAGAGCAGCGUGAUGAUGACUUCUACGCUUACGACGAGGACGGAACCCGCUUCUCCCAAGACAUCACGCCCAUGAUUCUGGCCGCCCACUGCAAGGAGUAUGAAAUCGUGCAUAUUUUGUUACUCAAGGGCGCUCGAAUUGAGAAACCGCACGACUAUUUUUGCAAGUGCGGGGAGUGUGCGGAGAAACAGAAGCAGGACUCCUUCAGCCACUCGCGUUUGAGGAUGAACGCUUAUAAAGGCCUCGCCAGCGCCGCUUAUCUGUCGCUGUCCAGCGAGGACCCCGUGCUCACAGCCCUGGAACUCAGCAAUGAGUUGGCACAACUGGCCAACAUUGAGACUGAAUUUAAGAACGACUACAGAAAGCUCUCCAUGCAGUGUAAGGACUUUGUGGAAGGGGUUCUGGAUCUUUGCAGGAACACAGAGGAAGUGGAGGCCAUCUUGAAUGGAGAUGUGGACCAGGACCCUCCGAGCGAACACCACAGGCCCUGCCUCAGCCGGGUCAAACUGGCCAUUAAGUACGAAGUCAAAAGGUUUGUAGCUCAUCCGAAUUGCCAGCAGCAGCUGCUGACGCUGUGGUAUGAGAAUCUGUCAGGCCUACGGCAACAGUCAAUAGGUGUAAAAUGCUGGACAGUGUUGGGAGUGAUGGUGGGCUUGCCAUUUCUUGCUAUUGCCUAUUGGAUUAUGCCCUUAAGCAAGGUGGGGCAGGUUCUCCGCAGUCCCUUCAUGAAGUUUGUAGCUCACGCUGUAUCAUUUACACUCUUCUUGGGCCUUCUGGUUCUCAAUGCCUCGGACCGAUUUGCAGGAGUCAAAAACCUUCCUAAUGAAACAAUCACCGAUCAUCCACGUCAAAUCUUUCGCAUCAAAACCACUCAGUUCAGUUGGACAGAGUUGAUGAUAAUGGAAUGGGUACUAGGAAUGAUCUGGACAGAGUGUAAAGAGGUUUGGGCUGAUGGGCCACGUGAGUACCUCAUGCAUUUGUGGAACGUUUUAGACUUCGGCAUGCUGUCUGUGUUUGUGGCGUCGUUCACUGCACGGCUCAUGGCCUUUCUGCAGGCCUCCCGUGCGCAGCUGUAUGUGGACUUGUAUGUGACCAAUGCAGACCUGAGCAAUGCCUCACUGCCAGCAGAAGUAGCCUACUUCACUUAUGCCAGGAACAGGUGGCUUCCCUCUGAUCCACAGCUCAUCUCUGAGGGCUUGUACUCCAUCGCUGUGGUGCUGAGUUUCUCACGCAUUGCCUAUGUUCUGCCAGCCAACGAGAGUUUUGGACCCUUACAGAUAUCCCUUGGCCGCACUGUUAAGGAUAUUUUCAAGUUCAUGGUCAUCUUCAUCAUGGUCUUCCUUGCUUUUAUGAUUGGCAUGUUUAAUUUGUAUUCCUACUAUUUAGGAGCUAAAUACAACCCUGCUUUUACCACCGUGGAAGAAAGUUUCAAGACACUGUUCUGGUCCAUCUUUGGUUUGUCUGAGGUUAUCUCUGUGGUCUUGAAGUAUGAUCAUAAGUUCAUCGAGAACAUAGGUUACAUACUCUACGGGGUCUACAAUGUCACAAUGGUGGUGGUGUUGCUCAACAUGCUGAUAGCCAUGAUCAACUACUCAUACCAGGAAAUUGAAGAGGAUGCCGAUGUCGAAUGGAAGUUUGCUCGUGCCAAGCUUUGGCUCUCCUAUUUCGAUGAAGGAAGCACUCUUCCACCCCCCUUUAAUCUAAUGCCUAGUCCCAAAUCAUUCUACUACAUGACUCAACGCAUAAAAGCGUUGGCGGGUUCAUGCAAGACCGGGGUCCAGACCAACAGCGGCCAGCAGGACAUGGGAAUGGCCAAUCCACAAUCAAAGCUUCAGCGGUUUCGACCUUAUCCUGCAGCAGAGAGUUUCACAGUUAAAAAUACCAUCAAACACCCGACAAGAUAUCAGAAUCUCAUGAAACGUCUUAUAAAGAGAUAUGUCCUGAAGGCCCAAAUUGACAGUGAAAGUGAUGAGAUCAAUGAAGGUGAGUUAAAGGAAAUCAAGCAGGAUAUUUCCAGUCUCCGCUAUGAGCUCUUGGAGGAAAAGUCACAGGCCACUGAAGAACUUGCUGAACUGAUCCAGCAGCUUGGAGACAAACUCAGUAAAGGAACCAAAAGACCUUGAAAAAUGGACCCCUGCAUAUGUAUCUGAAAGUGCCCUAGACCAAAUAAAGAGGCCACCCCUCUACAGCCCAUUAAAUUCA